AGGAAGAGGUGAAGAAGGAGGAGGAGGAAGUUGAAUUCCUCAGUUUACCCCUCCCACCUCCAGGAAGGCUGAUGAGCGGAAGUGGGCGGGCAAGGAGUAGAGGGAAUCACGUGUGAUGAGAGAAAGGGGCGGGCAGUGAACUGGGAGGUUCUCGCGCGGAGCGGAGCAUGCCGGGAUUAGUCGCGGGCUGGUCUUGGCUAAAGCAGAGGCUAAGUCGUCUGGCUGCGGAGAAGCGGACGCCGCUGCUCUCUGUGGACACGCCGUCUUUGCUCUCCGGUAAGUAUUGACCCAACCGGCGAACGCCGUGAGUCUAGGCCGAAGGAGGGAGAGGAGCGAGGCAUGCCCGAUUCCACCGCCCUUCUGAUGACUGGAGACCAGAGGAGGAAGGAAAAACGAGGAGGAGGGGAAACAGGGUGGCUCGCUAGGCCGGACGGACCUCGGCGGGACCAGCCAGCCCCCCACUUGCAUCGCAGAGGCCUUCUCCCCCUGACGGUUGUGCAGGCUGCCAUCGUCGCGGCUAAGCUGCGGCGAAAGAACUAUGCUUUGAGAAGGAGAUGAUGGCCUCAGAGCCUCCCCAAAACACCUAGCUCCAGCAGUGGGUGUGUGAAUCUCAUUAUCAAUGUGGACAUCCCUGGAAAGUAUACUGUCGAGAACUGAAUUGUUGAAAUGAGCAGUCGUAAAUCGAAAAACAGCAAUCUAAAACAUGGAGAGUGUAUUUCACAGGUGCAGAGAAUUUUACGUGAAAGAUUUUGUCAUCAGAUUCCCAAGGGUAACCUAUUUGGAGUUCAAGCACAAUACAAGCAUUUAAUUGAACUGCUAAAACGAACAGCUAUUCAUGGAGAAAGUAAUUCUGCAUUAAUUAUUGGACCAAGAGGAUCAGGAAAGACUAUGAUAUUAAAUCAAGCUUUGGAAGAACUCAUGGAAAUAAAACAAGUGAGAGAAAAUGUUUUGCAAGUUCACCUAAAUGGAUUACUGCAGAUCAAUGAUAAAAUUGCUCUGAAGGAAAUCACAAAACAAUUAUGUCUGGAAAAUGUAGUUGGCGAUAAAAUUUUUGGAACCUUUGCUGAAAAUCUUUCUUUUCUUCUGGAAGCUUUAAAAAAAGGUGACCGGACUACCAGUUGUCCUGUGAUCUUCAUUCUGGAUGAAUUUGAUCUCUUUGCACAUCAUAAAAACCAAACACUCCUCUAUAACCUUUUUGAUAUUUCUCAAUCAGCACAGACUCCUGUUGCUGUUAUUGGUCUUACAUGUAGAUUGGAUAUUCUUGAGCUCCUGGAAAAAAGAGUGAAGUCACGUUUUUCUCACCGGCAGAUACAUUUAAUGAAUUCCUUUAGUUUCUCACAAUAUCUUAAAAUAUUUAAAGAACAAUUAACACUACCUGAAGAAUUUCCAGACAAGCACUUUACUGAGAAAUGGAAUGAAACAGUUCAGGGUCUCUCAGAAGAUAAGAAUGUGAAAGAUGUUCUGCUGAAACAUUUCCAUGCUAGUAAAGACCUCCGAUCAUUGCAUAUGUUACUGAUGCUUGCUUUAAGUCACAUAACGUCAUCUCGUCCAUUUAUUAUUCCAACAGACCUGAUAGAAGCAAACCAUUUGUGUAGUAUGGACUCUAAAGCAAAUAUUGUACAUGGUCUUUCAGUGUUAGAAAUCUGUCUUCUUAUAGCAAUGAAACAUUUAAAUGACAUUUAUCAAGAUGAACCUUUUAAUUUUCAAAUGGUAUAUAAUGAGUUUCAGAAGUUUAUCCAAAGGAAGGCCCAUUCAGUUUAUAAUUUUGAAAAACCUGUCGUUAUGAAGGCAUUUGAACACUUACAGCAACUAGAAUUAGUAAAAGUGAUGGAGAGAACAUCAGUAAAUACGCAGAGAGAAUACCAACUGGUGAAAUUGCUUUUGGACAAUAAUCAAAUUAUGGAUGCUCUUCAAAAGUACCCAAAUUGCCCUACAGAUGUUAGACAGUGGGCAGCUUCUUCACUGAGCUGGUUGUGAAUCUGACCAACAAUUUAGGUAUCCGAAUAAAUCAAAUUAUGUUGCCUUUAAAGCUGAGAGAUCUCAAUAUUGUAAAAGUUUUAAUAAAGCAUUAUGACUUAUAAAAUUUCAUAUGAUAGAAUACAUAUAUGUAGCCUUUAAUUUAGUAAGCCCUUUUUUUUAAAUAUAAAAGAGAAUAGAAAUUUGAGUUGUUUCUUAGUUCAUGUCAUUUUUAAGCAUUUGACUUACUGAACUUUUGCAUUUUGUCUACUAUAUAUGAUUUUUGUUGUUCAAAGUUUGUGAUUAUGUUUGACUUGAUACAGUGUUUAUGUUCACUUAAGGAACGUGUUUUUAGUUACAAAGAAUAAAAUUUAAUCAUCUUAUCAAA